AUGCAACCAAACCCCCAAAAUCACAGAUUUUGGAUAGCUGCCACAAGAUAAGACCAUGCUGCUCUCAGGGAAGAGCUUCUUGUGCACCAAAAUUUCCCCCCAUUUCUACAGAAAUAAAAGCAAAAGAUUCACAAAAAUAUUUGCAAAAAAGCCAGAAUUUCCUGAAUUCCCAAACAAAAACCAAAAAUCCAAUUUUGAAUUCAGGGUCACCAACAACAUUUUAGCUCAAUCUGCCAUUGCAAUCCUGGGUUUAGGUUUUGUUGAUGCAGGAUAUAGUGGAGAUUGGUCAAGAAUUGGAGUGAUCUCAAAACAAACUGAGGAUGUGCUGAAGAUUGGAGCUUUUUUGGUGGUUCCACUCUGUUUGUUUGUUGUUUUAUCUCUUGCUAAAAAACCAGAAGAAUAACGUAUAUAGAAGAUCCUGUAUUUUGUGUCAUUGACUCAUUGUGUAUUUGUGUGUGUUAUUUUACAGUUUAACGACUGUUUUAAGUGAUUAUUAGAA